AUGGUGUUCGGCAACAUCUUCGUGUUCGUGAAGUUCCGAGGCCAGGAAGUUAUAAGUGCCGACACCCGCUUCGUGGUCUUCAUUUCCCUGACGGCCGUGUCUGUGGCAGGGACUCUCGUGCUGCUCCUACUGCCCAAACCGGGAUCACAAUCAGGCAGAUCUGAUGCCACGAGUUCCCCUGCUAAAGAGCUUAUGAAAAGUUUUAAGCUUUUUGUUACCAAAGACAUGCUUCUGUUGUCCGUCACGUUCUUUUACACGGGCCUGGAGCUGAGUUUCUUCAGCGGGGUGUACAGCGCUUGCCUGAGUUUCACGCAACGUUUCCCUGACCCCAAGAUGUUGGUCGGACUCUCCGGCAUCUCAAUUGGAGUUGGAGAGAUCCUUGCCGGCGCUACGUUCGGGAUCUUCGGUAGCAAGACAAUCAAGUUCGGGCGGGACCCAAUUGUGUUGCUGGGUUUCCUGAUCCACAUGGUCUGCUUUUACCUCAUCUUCCUGAACCUCCCCAAGGACUCCCCCCUAGGCGACACUUAUGGACCUUCUAAAUUUUCUGACGGCCAGCCCAUAGUUUGGAUUGCGCUGCUAUGCAGCUUCUUGCUGGGUUUCGGCGACGCAUGUUUCAACACUCAAGUCUACUCGCUGCUGGGCUCCGUGUACUCUGACAACUCUGGCCCUGCUUUUGCCGUAUUCAAGUUCGUGCAGAGCUUCAGUGCCGCCUGCGGCUUCUUCUAUUCCACAUACAUCAGCCUGCACUGGCAUCUCGCCAUCUUGGUGAUUCUCUGCGCAGCAGGCACCUUGGCUUUCUGCGUGGUAGAAUGGAAAGCCUACCGCAGAGCAGUCGUCAAAGCUGCAGCUUCGAGCGGCAGCAAAAACGACAAAAAAGCCACUUAAAACUUAUUUUAUUUUCGUCUUCUUCCCCUCUAUUGCA